GCCAGAUCUUCCCUAUAAAAGGCCACCAUGCACCAUCCUCUCCACUCAUCCAAGCCUUCUCAUUUCUCCUCUAAAGUCCAUUAACAUAUAGCCUUCCUCUCUCUUUCUCCCCAUCCUCUGGAUACUUGCACAUCUUCAUCCACCUAUAGAAAUGAUGGCAAGGUUCUUCCUCAUUAUGGCAUUAGCCAUGGCUCUGGCCACCACUCUUGCCUUCGCAACGACUGAUACAAAUGAAGAAACUCUGACCACGACUUCGUCUUCUGACGAAGUCUCUUCAGAAGAUGAAUCAUCCCCCGUUAGAGGCAUGAGCCGUAUCCUCGCCCGGUACAAGCCGAGAGCCACCAUGACAUGCGACAGGUAUCCCAGGAUUUGCCGUGAUAAGGAAAGCUCUGGCCCGGACUGCUGCAAGAAGAAGUGUGUGAACGUGAUGAAGGACAACCUCAAUUGCGGGCAAUGCGGGCUGAGGUGCCGUUAUGGGACAACAUGCUGUGGCGGAAGAUGCGUUUAUGUGAUGUUCGACCACAGCAACUGCGGGAGUUGCAAGAAUAGAUGCAAGAAGGGAAGCUUCUGCUCAUAUGGGAUGUGCAACUAUGCUUAAUCAGAAGUUUCUUUUAUGUUGAUUAUGUAAGGAUAUAGCUGAUAUUCAUAUUUGUUAUGGCUGCAUUUCUUUCUUUCAUUCCGUUUUUGUCUAAAAUUAGUGGAGAAUAAGUGGGGAUACUUGUUAAGUGUGGAAACAAUAAUGCAAAUGGCAUUAUUUACUUUGGAAUAAAUAUAUUAAGCCAUUCAAUUAA